UAUACAGCCAACAGUACAACAACUAUCUUUGUUAUAGAGAGGGCAGCAUGGCAGAGCACUAACAUUUGAGCCUCUUAGUCUUGGAAACAGUUUGUGUGAGAGUCAGUGAGUGAGUGAAUGAAUGAAUUUUUGACACUAAUAUAAAAAUAAGAGAGAAGAAGAAUCACAGAGAUCCCUUGCAUCAUUCUUCUUCUCUCUUCAAUUUCAUCAUAAACCCACCAACUUCAUCUUCUUUCACUCCUUCAUUACACCACUCUUCGAUCUUUCCUUCUCCCUCGUUUUCAAUGGCCGCCACCGCCGCCGCCGCCGCCGCCACCACUUCUUCUUACCUCUGCACGUGGCUUGAACCUGCUUCUUGCAUGUCAGUCACGUGCAGCGAGCCUGACCGUAUCAGAACCUCUUUUUCGUCUUUUCAUCUCAACAACACUAACACUCUUUUUCGAUCCAUUACUCACAAACGACGGCCUAUUCGUUCCGGUAAAACAAUGGCAGUAGCUUUGGAACCUGCCCAAGAGGUCACAACAAAGAAAAAACUUCCUACAAAGCAAAGACGAGUAGUUGUGACAGGCUUGGGUGUGGUUACACCACUUGGUCAUGAUCCAGAUGUCUUCUACAAUAAUCUACUCAAUGGUGUUAGUGGUAUAAGUGAGAUUGAGAAUUUUGAUUGUGCAGAAUUUCCAACUAGGAUUGCUGGCGAAAUUAAGUCUUUUUCAACCGACGGCUGGGUAGCACCAAAGUUUUCAAAGAGAAUGGAUAAAUUUAUGCUCUAUCUGCUAGCAGCUGGAAAAAAAGCAUUGAUUAAUGCUGGAAUUACUGGAGAUGUAAUGGAUGAGUUAGAGAAAACCAAAUGUGGAGUUUUAAUUGGCUCAGCAUUAGGUGGCAUGAAGGUUAUUAGCGAUUCCAUUGAAGCAUUACGAAUAUCAUAUAGGAAGAUGAAUCCUUUCUGUAUUCCUUUUGCAACAACAAAUAUGGGUUCUGCCAUGCUUGCAAUGGAUCUGGGAUGGAUGGGCCCUAAUUAUUCUAUCUCUACAGCUUGUGCAACAAGUAACCAUUGUAUAUUGAAUGCAGCAAACCAUAUCAUCAGAGGUGAAGCAGAUGUGAUGCUUUGUGGUGGCUCAGACUCUGCUAUUAUACCAAUAGGUUUGGGAGGCUUUGUGGCAUGCAGGGCACUCUCGCAACAGAAUACUGAUCCUUCUAAAGCGUCACGCCCUUGGGAUACUAACCGUGAUGGGUUUGUCAUGGGUGAAGGUGCUGGUGUUUUGGUUUUAGAAGAAUUGGAGCAUGCUAAGAAAAGAGGUGCAGAGAUAUAUGCAGAGUUUUUAGGUGGAAGUUUCACCUGCGAUGCGUAUCACGUGACUGAACCACAUCCUGAUGGGGCUGGUGUAAUACUUUGCAUUGAAAGGGCAUUACUUCAGUCUGGAGUUUCAAAAGAGGAUGUGAAUUACAUAAAUGCUCAUGCCACAUCAACACCAGCCGGCGAUCUUAAGGAGUACCAAGCUCUGAUUCAUUGUUUCGGUCAAAACCCCGAGCUUAAAGUGAACUCUACGAAAUCUAUGAUCGGUCAUCUACUAGGUGCAUCUGGUGGGGUAGAAGCUGUAGCAACAGUACAGGCAAUCAGGACCGGGUGGGUUCAUCCUAAUAUCAACCUAGAAAACCCAGAUAAAGACGUGGAUACUAAAGUGCUUGUUGGCCCAACAAAAGAGAGACUGAAAAUCAAAGCUGCCUUAUCUAAUUCAUUUGGAUUUGGGGGACACAAUUCUUCAAUUGUAUUUGCCCCUUAUAAGUGAAGCAAAUUUCGGAUAAUACUACAUUCAUGUUAUUACUAUAAGUUAGUUACCAAGUACCAAGAGAAUGUGUUGAGAUGGGUUUAUUAUGGCUUAUAGAGAAAGUUCAUAGAUUGUUGUUAUGUGGUGCUUGAGUUGUGGUGGGAGUGAGUGGUGUUAUCCUCUCUCUAUCUUUAGCAUGAAUGGCUGAAGUAGGAAUUGACCCCUCCUUUGAUGUAUAACCUUUUAACAACCACUUGGUUGGAUAUAGUAUCACACAAUCUUUUUAUAUUUUAUUUUUUAUUUUCAUAUAUAGUAUAUUAGUUAUAAACUUGGCCGCAUAUUGGAAAAUAAACAAUUUCAGUGAUUUUUCACAGAAAUUUAUAACCCUUGAAGUUGAUUCAAAAUGGAUGACAGUUUUGACUCUUUGAAAA